GCAGUUACAUGGAAUAGCAGCAUUUUUCUUGUCUGGGAGAGUCACUGGAGGACCUGCCUGAGACUGGAACCAAAGUGUUUGGAAAGGGGACAAGUCAGAGCUGGUUUAGGAACUGGGUUGUUGGACUGGGACCAGCUCCAAGGGAAUCCCCCAUAAGGCCGUGAGUGUGGUUCCUGUCCGGGGCAGUCAUGGGCAGGCCGGAGGGGUUGGCCAGGCCGCCUCUGGUGUCAGCUAUGGCGCUGUCCCUCCUGGCUCUAUGUUGCCUCUUGACCGGGGCCUUCAGCCUUCCUCAGCCGCUUCCAAGAGUCUUCCUGCCUUUUGAAGACCUGCAGGCAUCUGAGUCCUUUGAACACUACAGUCUGUCAGACAAGGCCAUGGACUACAGGAUCCUGCAGAUGGAUGAGGACCAGGACAGGAUGUAUGUGGGCUGUAAGGACCAUGUUCUCUCCAUGGACAUCAACAACAUCACCCACUGCACACUCAAGGUGUUUUGGCCUGCAUCUAUCAGCAAGAUAGAGGAAUGCCAAAUGGCGGGCAAGGACCCUACGCAUGGCUGUGGGAACUUCAUCCGAGUGGUGCAACCUUACAACAGGACCCAUCUGUUCAUGUGUGGCAGUGGAGCCUACAGUCCUGUCUGUGUGUACAUCAACAGGGGCCGCAGGCCAGAGGAACAAGUCUUCCAUAUUGACUCACGGACAGAAUCUGGCAAAGGACGCUGCUCCUUCAAUCCCCAGGUCAACACCGUCUCCGUCAUGCUUAACCAGGAGCUCUUCUCAGGCAUGUACAUUGACUUCAUGGGGACAGAUGCUGCCAUCUUCAGGAGCCUGACCAAGAGAAAUGCAGUGCGGACAGACCAGCACAACUCCAAAUGGCUGAGUGAGCCAAUAUUCAUUGAUGCCCAGUUGAUACCAGAUGGAACGGAUCCCAACGAUGCCAAAUUGUAUUUUUUCUUCCGUGAGAGGCUAACGGAUAACAGUGGAAAUACCAAAAAUAUCCACACCAUGGUGGCCAGAGUGUGUCCGAGUGACAUCGGAGGGCAGCGGAGCCUGGUGAACAAGUGGACCACCUUCCUGAAGGCCAGGAUGGUGUGUUCGGUUCUGGAGGAGGACGGCACUGAGACUCACUUUGACGAGCUGGAGAGUGUGUUUUUGCUGGAAACCGAUCAGCCCAAGGGCCUGUUGGUGUUUGGAGUCUUCACGUCCACAAGCUCCGUGUUUAAAGGCUCGGCGGUGUGUGUGUACAACAUGGCCGACAUCCUCACGGUCUUCAACGGGCCCUUCGCUCACAGAGAUGGACCCAACUUCCAAUGGGUGGCAUACCAAGGCCGCAUCCCUUACCCAAGGCCUGGGACUUGUCCUGGUGGAGCCUUCACCCCUGAUAUCCAAACGACCAAGGAGUUCCCAGAUGAUGUGGUGACGUUCGUGAGGAACCACCCGGUCAUGUUCAACCCCAUCUACCCGGUGGGCAGGAGACCUUUGGUGGUUCGCACCAACGCUGACUACAAAUACACAACCGUGGCCGUGGAUCAGGUCAUGGCUGCGGAUGGAAACUACCAAGUUCUCUUCCUGGGCACAGACAAAGGCACAGUGCAGAAGGUAAUUGUCCUGCCAACCAAUCGUUCGCUGGAUGAAGAUCUGAUCCUGGAGGAGCUGGAAGUGUUUAAGAAUCAAGCUCCGGUUACAAACUUGAGAAUAUCCUCAAAAAAACAACAGCUGUACGUCAGCUCCGAGUUCGGGGUCUCCCAGGUCUCCCUGCACCGUUGUCAGGCUUACGGCUCGGCUUGUGCUGACUGCUGCCUUGCCAGGGACCCCUACUGUGCGUGGGACGGGCUCAGCUGCUCCCGCUUCUAUCCCACUGGCAAAAGGAGAAGCAGGAGGCAAGACAUUAUGCAUGGCAAUCCACUUACUCAGUGCAGAGGAUUCAAUCUGAAAGCUUACAGGAAUGCAGUGGAGAUGACGCAGUACGGCGUAAAAAACAACACCACCUUCCUAGAGUGUUUGCCCAAGUCGCCCCAGGCGUCUAUCCGCUGGCUUAUCCAGAGGGACAAUGACAGGAGGAAAGAGGUGAAGCUCAGUGACCGGGUCCUGUCCACUGAGCACGGCCUCCUCAUCCGCACUGUCCAGCUGUCUGACCAGGGCCUCUACUACUGCCUGACCACUGAGAACGGCUUCAAACGCACCGUGGCCAAGAUCCGCCUCAGGGUGCUGAGCGAGGCCAUGGUGAGUGUGCUGACAGACAAGCGGCAGUCGCCCUGGGCGUGGGCCAGCUCGUUGCACCCCAAGGCCCUAUUGGCAGCCUUCAGCCCUGCAGAAAGCCUGGCUGUGCAACAGUACUGCAAGGAGAGAAAGGAGCUGCAGAGCCUCCAGCUCCGGCAGAAGCAGCAGCAGCAGCAGCUUCAGCCACCUGGGCCUCUCAGGGGGGAUCUGGCCAAACUGAAGCCCCUGCUGGACCGCAGGAAGAGUCGCAACCGCCGCAACCACCUCCCAGAGGUCUGACGGGGAGGUGCCAGAGCUGCUAUGCGGUAGAAACUGAUACACACAUCUUCCUCUGCCUCUGUACCCUGCUCAGAAGUAAUGAACGCUCUUAUUUCCACCCACAGAGCUGCACCGUGGAUGUCAGAAAAGGAUGUGGGUGUGGGAGGUGAGGGGGUUAUUUGGGGAUAUCUCCUUUCUCACACAGAAUUCAUGAGGUACUGUGACCAGGAGACUGUGAGACAUACGCACACAUGCACACACAAACACACACGCACACACACACAGACACAAAGUGGCCCUGUUGGUUUAUGAUCGCCACCAAUAAACUGUGGAUUCAGCUGACAUUGCUUCUGAUAAUACACCUUCAGUCGCGACUAUGGGCAGUGUUCUUAUCUUAUUGUAGAUACUGGAGGGGAAAUUGGGCUGGCGGGAUAUUAGCUGAGCUCACCAUGGACAUUUGCUCUGUGUAAAAAAAAAAAAAAAAAAGAGUAAUAACAAUAAAAAGAAAGAAAAAGAACGGGGAGGGAAGUGGAAACCUUGCAAAUAAAGAGAGGAGAUUGAGAAGGGAAAUGGGAGCGAGAAAUAAAUCUGCAUGUUUGACACUGAGCGCCCUUUCUCUUUAUUCUAAGUGUUAAAAUAGUAUUUUAUAAGGCUCUACUCACAUUUCUCCAUUAACUAACAGAGUAUUUCUGCGCAGCAAAAACCACAGAGUUACUCUGGCUCUCAGUGGGCACAUGCAGGUUAACAUUAAGCCCACUCCUGAGAAAAAUCUGCCACUGUAGCCCCCCAGCAGUAUACUCUAUAAUACAUUGUGUUAUACUAGCACUGUCUAUACAAAGCACAGAUGGUAAGUGGCCUCAUUAAUUUUUUUUUUUACAAGGCUAUGAAUUAAAAUUUAUGAGUGGACAGGCCAAACUUAUUAUUCAGCACAGAUGUUACCCAAAUAGGCAUUGUAGUAGAAUACUGACUAGAGUCUGAAAUGAAAUGUGCGCUGAUGCAAGCUCCUUAAAUGAAUCUUGUAUUUAUUCAUAUUACUCAGGCGUUGUACAUUUGAGAGAAUGUGCCUCGCAGUACUUAAAUUUCUCUCUGCAUAUUGUAUUGUACUUUUCGUGUUUCCAGCACAGAAGCAUGUUAAUGUGCAUGAAAUUCCUCAGUAUUGACAGAAAAAUACUCUUAAUCCUAACUUGGAUUAGUUUUGGGAAACCAAACUAGCAGAGAUGCACAUUUUGUAUCUUUUGUCUUCAGGUAAAAUGUAUCGUUGUUUAAUACCUGGAAACAAGAGUCUCCAUCAUUGAUGCUUAGAAAUUUUCCACCUCCUGCACAGAGAGGUGGACAUGCUUUUAAUUCUGAGAUAAUUAUCAUCAAUGAGAUAGUUGUGAUAUAGUCCAGUUUCCCCUCUCCCUUUACAUAUGUGAAUAGCAUCUUUUUUUUUUUUUUUUCAAAACCAUAGCUAAUGUAGAUAGAGAUUAUUUGUUUUUCUGUGUACAGAGUAUAUUUGUUUCAUCCUUUUAACUUAAUGUUGUGUCAUUUUUGUGGAAAAGUGUUUUCAUUGUGAACCUUGUGUAUAUAAUUUCAACAUAUUUCACCAACUAACUAUGACUGUAUCUGCAAAUCGCAGAGGUACAUGUUUUCAUUUUGAAACAAGACACCCCUUUCUAGUUUAACCCUUCCCCACUUCCCUCUACAGAUCUCUGCUCCCAUUUUAAUAAAAAUGUGUGACCAGCAUCAUGUCAA